CUGUGCUGGUGUUUUGGGUGGCUCAGUAUGCACCGAGUUCAGUAAAGCCAUAGGACUGAGUGUUGGAGCAACCCUUUUUAGCAUUUCAGAGGUGUUAAGCCCUGUCUUAAAACCAAGUAUUUACAGAUGUGCUAUCUGAAACAUACUGGGUGAGGUGUCCCUGAAGACAGUCUGGUGCUGCUCAGCUAGAGCCCUAGAGGCUACUGAGACGCCUGUCCCCAGCAGGCUGAGUGCAGCUUACUCUUGCCACCUGUGGCUGGUUUUUGGCUGAAUGUGCAAUCAGCUCUAAUGAGCAAGGCAGUGGAGAGAUCCUGUGGGGGUUGGGCUUGCCCCAUUUGCCUGCAGCCCCAAUUAGAACAACGUAAAACUCUGUCUUUUGAAACUGGAGGGACAAAUCUAGUGGAGCAGGGUGAUGUUUUGUGCUGUCUUCAUUCAAACCAAGGAAAUACUUUGCAAGUAGUGAAAAUGAAGCCUUCCACCUGAGGCUUGGAGUUUGCCUGAUUUGGAUCCACCUUCUCCUUAGUCUGUUCGGGGACAGGUGGAGUUUGGAACUGUGCUUGCUUGGAUCAGACGCAGUAGGACACCCUGCUUAAAGGGCUGUGGUACCUCCUCCACCAGCUGCUGUCAGUCCCCCAUCACAGGGGAUCUGAGAGUGAAGAUCCUGAUGCCAUCCUGUGGGUGGUUUCACCGUGGCCUGAGUGGGCUGGAAGCUGAAGCUUUACUGAAGGGGCGAGGUGUCCACGGGAGCUUUCUGGCCAGACCCAGCCAGAGGAACCAGGGGGACUUCUCCCUUUCAGUCCGGGUUGGUGACCAGGUGACCCACAUCCGCAUCCAGAACACUGGGGACUUCUAUGACCUGUAUGGAGGGGAGAAGUUUGCCACCCUGUCAGAACUGGUGGAGUACUACACACAGCAGCAGGGCUCACUGCAGGACAAAGAUGGGACCAUCAUUGACUUGAGAUACCCACUCAACUGUUCCGACCCCACUACUGAGAGGUGGUACCAUGGGCAUCUCUCAGGCCCUGCAGCUGAGUCACUUCUCCAGGCCAAAGCCACCCCUUGGACUUUCUUGGUGCGGGAGAGCCUCAGCAAACCUGGGGAUUUUGUCUUGUCCAUCCUCACUGACCAGCUGAAACCUGGGUCUGAUGCUCCACCAGCUGGGGCAAGCAAUGCUGCUGGGGCCCCGCUCAAAGUCACACACAUCAAGAUCAUGUGUGAGAACGAACGCUACACCGUGGGAGGCGCUGAGGUGUUUGACAGCUUGGCAGACCUGGUGGAGCACUUCAAGAAGACUGGCAUCGAGGAGCUGUCAGGCUCCUUUGUGUACCUGAAGCAGCCCUACUAUGCCACCAGGGUGAAUGCAGCUGACAUUGAGAAUAGAGUGCAGGAACUGAACAAGAAGAGUUUAUCUGAGGAGACAUCCAAGGCUGGAUUCUGGGAGGAAUUUGAUAGUCUGCAGAAACAGGAAGCCAAGCAGCUCUUUGAUCGUCAUGAGGGUCAGAGACCUGAAAACAAGAGCAAGAACCGAUACAAGAACAUCUUGCCCUUUGAUCACUCCAGGGUCAUCCUCCAAGGAAGGGACCCAAACAUACCUGGAUCUGACUACAUCAAUGCCAACUAUGUCAAGAACAACCUGAUCAGUCCAGAUGAGCGCACCAAGACCUACAUCGCUAGCCAGGGCUGCCUGGAUGCCACAGUCAAUGACUUCUGGCAGAUGGUGUGGCAGGAGAACACGCGGGUUGUCGUGAUGACGACGCGGGAGGUGGAGAAGGGUCGAAACAAGUGUGUGCCUUACUGGCCCGAGGUGGGCAGCACCAAAGAGUACGGCCCCUACCUGGUGGAGAAUGCUGGGGAGCACAACGCGCUGGAGUACAAACUGCGGCACCUCUGCGUGUGCCCCAGGGACAACGGUAAGGCUCUGCGUGACAUCUGGCACUACCAGUACCUGAGCUGGCCUGACCACGGUGUACCCAGUGAGCCAGGAGGUGUGCUCAGCUUCCUUGACCAGAUCAAUCAAAAGCAAGAGAGCAUUCCAGACGCAGGGCCCAUCCUCGUGCACUGCAGCGCUGGGAUUGGCCGCACUGGGACGAUCAUUGUCAUUGAUAUGAUAGUGGAAACCAUCUCCACCAAGGGGCUGGACUGUGACAUUGACAUCCAGAAGACUAUCCAGAUGGUGAGGGCCCAGCGCUCAGGGAUGGUGCAGACGGAGGCCCAGUACAAGUUCAUCUACAUGGCCAUCUGCCAGUUCAUAGAAACCACCAAGAGAAAGCUGGAAGUUAUCCAGGCUCAGAAGGGCAAGCCAGGGGAGUCAGAGUACGGGAACAUCACCUACCCCCCUGCUGCGCGCAGUGGGCACGCCAAGGCCUCACGCAAGCCCUCCAAGCAGAAAGAGGCAACAAUUUAUGAGAAUGUGGAGAAGAAGGAGAAGGUGCAGAAGCAGCGCUCCUCAGAGAAGAAGCUGAAAGGGUCACUGAAGAAGAAAUAAACCUUUGCUGCAGGUAGCACAGUGGAGGUUUGAACCUGAGGGGCAAGGCUGGAGCUCAUGUGCUGGCUGGUUGGACUCAUUCCUUGCAGGACUAUGAACCAGUCCUUCUUCCAGUGCCCUGAUCCAGGCUGCAGUCCAGCUCUGGUGACUGACUUUGUCCCUUUGUCCCUUGCUUGUGCAGGCCAGCAAAGCCUCCUGCUGCCCCUUCACUCAUCACAGAACAAACAAUGCCCCUUCUUUUACCUUACUGAGAGCUGGCG